AUUGCAUGGAGUGAAUAUUCAAACUUCCACGGAUAACCAAUGCUAAAAGCGUCUACCAAACGCUGUCAAUUGCUCAUAACAGAGCGGAAGAGGCGAAGUGAGAUAUUUAAUUCUAGCCAAAAUCAACCCAAUGCGUUUCUAAUGGAACUUUUUUUUGGAACUUAACUUGUAGUGUGCCUUUCAGCCUUUGGGACAAUGACUCCCAUUGUUAGGGCGGAGACAUGAGCGUCUCGUCAUUAUAUAAAACAUAUCUGCUUAUGAGCAUGGGAUAAAUCUCUUGAUGAAUCAUACAUAACCUUACCUCGGUGUGACUGGAGCAUUUUCCUCCGAAUUAACGGCAACGUUUGGCUUCAAUCUCUUAACUUUUAAAAGUGUUGAAUUACAACUAUUUGCAACCAAAUGAAGCGGUAUGUUUUUCUGGGUGUUCUUUCGAUGUAUUACCUCCAGGUGUCAAGCUCGAGCUCUGCCGCGCACGGGUGUUUCUGCCAGGUGACCGGUAGCUUGGAUGACUGCGCUUGUGAUGUGGAGACAAUUGAUGCCUUCAACAAUGAGCGACUCUUCCCCAAACUUCAGAAGCUGCUUGAGUCCGACUAUUUCAGGUUUUAUAAGGUGAACCUGAAUAAGCCAUGUCCAUUCUGGACAGACAGUGGCCUCUGUGGGCAAAAGAACUGUGCCGUGAUCCCAUGUCCACCAAAUGAGGUUCCAGAGGGAAUCAAAACAAAUGGCCAUCACAAUAAGUACUCGGCUGAAGCAAACAACCAGGAGUGUGAGAAGGCUGAGACGCUUGGAGCAGUGGACAGCUCCCUCAGUAAGGAGACCAGACAGGCCCUCCUGGAAUGGAACAAGCAUGAUGACGAGGCAGAGCGAUUCUGUGUGAUUGAUGAUGAGGAGUCUCCUGAUUCCCAGUACGUGGAUCUACUGCUAAAUCCAGAGCGCUUCACUGGAUACAAGGGGCCCGAGGCCUGGCAAAUCUGGAACAGCAUCUAUGAGGAGAACUGCUUCAAACCAUACACUGUGAAGCGACCUCUAAAUCCUCUGGCAUCUUACAGUGGAACUGAUGGGAAGACAUUUUACAGUUGGCUGGAUGGCCAGUGUGUGGAAAAGAGGGCUUUCUUUAGGCUCGUCUCUGGGCUCCACUCUAGCAUCAACAUACACCUGAGUGCCCGGUACCUCCUAGAUGACAACUGGUUCCAGAAGAAGUGGGGUCACAAUGUCUCUGAGUUCCAACAACGUUUCGAUGCCCAGCUGACCAACGGCGAGGGCCCAAAGAGGCUGCGCAACCUCUACUUCCUCUACCUGAUCGAGCUGCGUGCCCUGGCCAAAGUCCUGCCUCUUCUCCAGCGCCCCUCCUUCCAGCUGUACACUGGCCAACCCACCCAGGACCGACAACACAAACGCGUGCUCCUAGAGCUCCUCCAGGUGGCCAAGUCUUUCCCUUUGCACUUUGACGAGACGUCUCUGUUUGCUGGGAAUAAGGAGGAAGCUGCCAAUCUCAAGGAGGAUUUCAGGCUGACCUUCCGCAACAUCUCCAGGAUCAUGGACUGUGUGGGCUGCUUUAAGUGCAGGCUCUGGGGAAAACUACAGACUCAGGGGUUAGGCACAGCCCUGAAGAUCUUGUUUUCCGAGCGACAGAUCGAGGCUCUGCCCAAAUCCGGCAGCGCCCGGCUCACUUUCCAGCUCAGUCGCCAAGAGAUAGUGUCUCUCCUCAAUGCCUUUGGAAGGAUUUCAACCAGCAUCAGAGAGUUGGAGAACUUCCGAUCACUGCUGUCUAAGGUCCGGUAGCCUGAACCCACACGUCCCUACAGAGAGCCACAUACCCACAAAAGAAUAACCAGGUUGAUUAGAAAUGAUUCAAAAUACAACAGCAUCAGCAUGUAGCUGGGGUAUUUGGGGCUGCUGAAAGACACAAGUGAAAGUCCUGACAAGUGACUUACAAGGCAUCUAACUAAACAAACAAAGGAACAUGGUCCGUAGCCAAUCCCCUUUGAGCUACUUGCCAAUAAGGGUGUUUUCACAAAGUUUUGAUCUACAGUUCGAAUCAGAGUUUGAGUAUUUGUUACAUCAAAUAACACAGUUUAAUUGCAGAAUGUUCUGUUGGACCGCAACUUCUGGUAUUCUUCAGUUCAUGAAAAGAAAUAGCUAGCCAGCUACUGAAACCCUGUUGCCCAAA